AUGUUCACAACAGUUCCAACUCUCACUUUCAGCAUCACCUCCUCUGAGAUUUCUACAGGUGGCCAGGCAAGCACUCAACCCCCUGAACUCUUGCAUAGGACAACAACUAGGGAAACAACAGCCAAAUCACUAAAUACCAAUCAGAGCACCUCCUCUGACACCACAAUGGUAUCCUCCAGGUUCCCAUUCACUCAAACCACUGGUGUUGUUGGAACCUUAGCAAACUCCCUCAGCACAGUGGCAACUGUGUUUCCAACCCCUUCACCCACUGAACUCCCCUCAACUAGAGUUUUAGCUCAAUCGACAUCCACAUUCAGGACCACACCAACCUCUUCCAGGUUCCUUUCCAAUUCUAGCCACACAACUAGGACAACAACAGAAAAAUAUCCUAAUUUCAGUACUGAUAUCACACAAGGAGCAAGUUCUGCUUCAACCCUGUCCUUCCAUGAUAUCACCUCAGAGAAGUGGGGAACAGAUCAGUUGGCAACAGUUACCCCCUCAAAUUCCCUUAUAUCCCCACGUGGCAAGAGCCCCACAACUGAAGCCACAACAGAAACAUCACCUCCAUACUCCUCCAGCAUUAUCACUAAUAUAUACACAACAAGGACAAACCCCAUUUCAGGGACUGUCUCUCCUGAGAGUUCUACAGGUGGACUAACAUUGGGUCUGUCCACAGAAAGCUUCCACCGGACCACUCCUAAAGAAACAACAUCUAAAUCAUUGUUCACCACUCAGACGACUUUGGCUGACCCCGCAAUGGACUCCUCUACUUUUCCAUUCACAUGGAACACCAGAGAAGCCCAGGCCAUGAGUUCAAGUGGUGCCCUGGAAAACAUCUCCACCUCAGCCGUGACAGUGCAUAGCUCCUCCUCUGAGAUUUUAACUCAUCUGGCGUCUACUUUGGGUACCUCCUUAACUUCUUCCACAUCCAGCUCCAGUACUAGACAUAUGACUGAAACAGCAACAAAAUCAUCUCCGUACACCAGUCUUAUCACCACUAUAUAUGCAACAAGUUCAAAGCCUGUUUCAGAUACCAUUUCCUUGGCAAUCCCGACUGUUGGACUGACAACAGAUCGGCCCAUAGAAGCAUCCCACAUGACCACUUCCAAAAAAACAAUGGACAUAUCACUAAAUACCACUCAGCGCUCUCUGGCUGACUCCACAGUGGACUCCACCACCUCCCUAUUUACACAAAACACUGGAGAAACCAGGACCACUAACUCAGAUGCCACUGGGACAACCUUCCUCAGCUCAGUCAUGACAACAGAACACACCUCCUCCGUCACUGAAUCCACCUCAUCUGGAAUUUCAUUUCAGCCGAUGUCCUCUAUGGGUACCACCUCAACCUCUUUCACUUCUCCCUCCAGUUCUAAUCACACAACUGAAACAACAAUAGGCACAAUAUCGCCUUAUGGCGGUACGGAUGACGCACUCAGAGCAACCUCUUUUUCAGCCUCAACCUCCCAAGACAUCAGUCAGGUGGUGAAAGCAACAGGUCAGUCAACAACAGACACCUCCUUUACAUCAUUUUCAUCUACCUAUGGCCACAGAUCCACAAAGGAAAACGUAACUGAAACAUCAUCCCCAUUGACCGGCCUUGGCAACAAUGUGAGCCCAGUGACCUACUCUGAAACCUUUUCAAUGGGACAGAAAACCAGCCAAUCAACUGAAAUGUCCCUAAGGACCACACCUAUAGAAAAAAGAGCUGAAUCAUUACAAACUACUCAGGAUACAUUAUCUGACACCACGGAGGUCUCCUCUUCCUCCUCCUUCACCUGGUCAACUGGAGAGGCCCAGACCAAGAGCCUGGGUGCUGCUGGCACAAACACCCUCGGUUCAGUCACCAUGACAGGACCCAUCUCUUCACCUACUGAAGUCACCUUACCUAGAGCUUCGUCUCAACGAGGGUCUCCUUUAGGUAUCCUCACAACUCCUUCAGUGUCUUCCUCCAGCCUCAGUUACACAACUGAGGUAACAAUAACUCCAUCAGCAACUUAUCUCAGUACCGAGAGCAAACAAGGACCAACCUCCACAUCGACCACCACUUCCCGUGACAUUCCCACUUCAGAGCUGAUAACGGGUCAGUUGAUCCCAGAUACCAACUCUCCCACUUCCUCCCCCAUUUCUAGACAGCUAACUGAUACAACAAUGGAAAUGUUGUCUCCACACAUCAGCUUUGUCACCAAUAGGCAAGCAACAGGUGUCACCCCCAUGGUUGGCCCCACUUCCUCUGAGAUCUUAACAACUGGCCAGAUGAUGGAUUCAUCAACCAAAAUCUCGCAUGGGGCCACACCUAAAGAAAUCACAGCUGAAUCAUUACACACUAUUCAGAACCCUUUGUCUGAUACCUCAGUGGACUCCACCACCUCCCCAUCCACUUGGGCCACUGGAGAGGACAAAAUUACAGGCUCAUACUUUGUUUUGACAAAUGCUCUCAGCUCUGGCAUGACAGCAGCACUCAGCUUUUCGCCCACUGAAUCUACCUCAAUUGGGAUUUCAUCUAAAGAAGCACUUACUUUAGAUAGUUUUUCUGUUAUUUCUACUUUCCCCUCAAGUUCUAGCUACAAAACUGACACUCCAACAGCUACGACAUCUCCUUUCAGUACUGUUGUCCUCAAAACCGUAACCUCAGCUUCGUCCACCAUCUCCCAAGAUAUUUCCUCAUUUGGGGGGACCACAGGGAGAAUACCAGAACUCUCCUACCAGACCAGAGCCCAGGACCCAGCAUCACAAUUAUCCACCAUUCCUCAUAACACCCUUGCUGCCACAGCAAUUCCUUUGUCCUCUUCCUCCUUAUUCCAAGAGACCACUCAAGAAAGCCCAACUCAGGUCCCGAUCUCAGAUUCAACCGACAACCCCACCACGGUUAUUCCUCUAAUUUCCACCUCUUUAAGCAAUCUAGCUACCUUUUCUGAGAUCACAUCUCAACAGUUAUCCACUUUGGAUAUCUUCUCAACCGCUUCCACCGCCACUUCCAGUGACAGUUCUAGUUCUGAGCCAAGGAAAGGGACAUCACCAAUUUACACCAGCCACAUCACCAAUGUACAUACAAUUGGAGCAAAUCCUGUGACCAUCACCAUAUCACCUGAGGUCACUCGGUCAAGACCAGAGCCAACAGACAUCUCCUUCAGGACCACAAUUCUAGAAACAACAGGCGAAACAUUAGGAACAACCCAAAGAACUUUGGAUUCCAUCACAGUGAAACCAUCCAACUCUUCAUUCGCUGCAGCCUCUGAAGGAGCCAUAAUUAUGGGCACAGACUCACCAGUGACAACCUCAAGAUCUACAACAACUUCAGCUCCCAUCUCUUCCUUCACAGGAAGAUUCUUCACAGAUUCCAAAGCAGGCCUCUCUGCCUUCCCAUUCCCUAAGACCACCGGGAAAGCUGUCCCCAUGAGGACGGAGUCACCUGUGACCGACACCUUCAUGAAAGUCACAACACCAGGUUCCAUUUCCUCACCUGCCGGACCCACCUCAUCUGGAUUUCCAAUUCAGCAAUUAUCUACUUUGGCUACUACAUUCUCUUCCGGUGUCAGCCUCAUGACUGAGCCUACAGGAAGCAUGUCAUCGGUCUUAACCAAUCCUGUCACUAGUAUCGAGGCAAGAGGAUCAACCUCAAUGGUAUCUCCCACCACCUCCUCUGGCAUCAGUCCGUCAUCUGCGAAGUCCGUAAGCCAGCAGACAGAAAUCUCCUACCCAAGGAAAUCUUCAACCCAAGUAAACACUGCAACUACAAACACACUGUCAGAAAUGGGAACAAAAUCCCCUUCCACUAUAUCAGGAAACACCAGACAAGCCCCAUCUAGGGGAACAUCUCUGGUGAGAUCUCCAGGCACCCGUGGUGACACGCCUGGUUCAACGGAGACUCAACCACCUCCAUUGGCCUCCUCCAUUACAGGCAGCAUGGACACAGCGACCACCACCGCUCCCGGACCCCUUUCCAUAAGCAUCAACCCAGAAUGGGACAAAACAAGCAGACCGACAUCAGACACUGGCUCUACCCCCUCCCCACAGUUCUCCGGUAUGACGCCUACUGAACCCCCUCUCAACUUGAGUCAGUCUACUCCACCGACAAAUUACACAACAACGCCCCCCGUUUUGAACACUUCACCAACAAGUAGUCUCCAGUCCAGUACAACAAUCCCUUCACCUCCAGAGAACAUUCCAGUGUCUGCUAAUACCACUGGUUGGACUGAGGAAAUUACUCCAGCAACUCACACCACACCAGGGAUGACAACGACAACGUCCCAUACUCUCUCACCACUGACUGACAAUCAGAAAAGCACAUCAGCAAGUACGACCGUCAUGUCGGCCUCCACCUCCCGGCCCCCCGCAGUCACUAGCCCCCCGGCCUCCACGACAACCGCCAAUCCCAUCAAGGGAAUUACGCUAUUCCCUUAUGGGAAGGAGGCGAACGACCAAGAAUUUGUCCAGAAGAAGCUGGAUUUCACCUCACAGCUCUUCAGGCCCCUGAUUGGAUUCCCUCUAGGAUCAACGCUCCGGAAUUCCCUUUACUUCACAGACAACGGUCAGAUCAUUUUCCCAGCCUGGGACUACGCCAUUCACUCCUACCCCAAUCCACCUUCCUUGGGCUUCUCCCGCUGGGACUCCGUAGCAAUGGUGGCUGCCUUCUGGGAUGAUGCUGACUUCUCCACUGGCCAAGGAACUAUUUUUUACCAGGAAUACGACACCCUUACCAGCUUUAGACCUCAAAUAAUCCGAAAUGUGGAGUCCUUAAUUAGGAAGUCCACGGGGACCCCAUAUAUGGCCAAAUGGACCUUGAAGGUGACCUGGGUGAGAGCGCCUGCCUAUCCAGCGUGGACCAAUUCUGGGACCAACACGUUCCAAGCCAUCCUUACCACUGAUGGGAGCCGUUCCUUUGCCCUGAUCCUGUACCAAGAUGGUGGCAUGAGGUGGAAUGUUUCACAAGUGACACUCACCAAUGCACUCAUAGGCUUCACCAGCGGUGACGGGUUUUACAAGAAUGACCUGCUGAUGCUCAAGCCCCCAGCUGAAAAGUACCGUCCGGAUCAGUUCCUGAGUUCCGGCCCAGGACUCCGGGGACUGCGGGUGUACCAGUUACAGAAGGAGGUAAGGACCAACUACCGGCUCAAAUGUCUACAGUGGCUGGAGGAGAAUCCUGCUUGGUACAAUCGGGCCCAGGACCAGCUGUCUUGCCCCUGCACCUUGGGGCAGGCGCAGUGGGACCGGCGCUUCUCGUGGUCCAGAGCAGGUUGGAGGGCCGGCCGCAGGAGGCAACUGUGCAGGUUCUCAUCAUGGCAAGGUGGUGUCUGCUGUAGUUAUGAUCCCUGGGGGGCACUUCUGAACGGGCAGAGGAUUUGGCACUCAUGGAAGGAAGAUUGGGAGAUGGAGGCUCAAAACUGGUGCUGCCUUUGGAACGAUAACCCCUACUUCUGUCAGCUGUACAGGCAGAGAUGGCCACCUGUCACCUGUGCUGGAUACAGGCCACCUCGGACAGCGUGGAUGUUUGGGGAUCCCCACAUCACCACCCUGGAUGGCGCCACAUACACCUUCAAUGGCCUGGGCGACUUCCUGCUGGUGAAGGCCAAGAGCGCCAACUCUUCCUUCUUAUUGCAAGGACGCACGACACAGACGGGCACUGCCCCUGCCACCAACUUUAUGGCAUUUGCUGCCCAGUAUAACUCCAGUGGCACUGGCAUCAUCACGGUCCAGUGGUUGCUGCAGCCUAAUGAUACGAUCCAGGUUCUGCUCAACAAUCAGACGGUCAACUUCAACUACUCUGAAGGCAUAGAGGAGGGUGUACAUAACAUCUCUGGAGUCCAGCUGUUUCGCAAUGACACCAUCUCGGCCACCUUCGAUGGGGCUGUAUCCGUCACCGUGUCGGCAAGCUUCAACAUCCUGUAUGCCUUCGCCAACCUUCCAGAAGAGUACUUCAACAAAACCCAGGGCCUUUUAGGGGUCUGGAACUGGAAUCCGACUGAUGACUUCAAAAUGCCCAACGGCUCCUCCAUUCCCAUCAACAGCUCUGAGGAGAGCAUUUUCCAUUAUGGAAUGUCUUGGUUCCUCAGCACGGACAGCCUCUUUACCAACAAGCCAGGAAGGCAGCCUGGCAACUUCACCCCCGUCUUCCUAACUGAUCUGAAACAUCAGAACCUGACUUUCUAUGAGGAAGCAACAAAGCUGUGUAACAACAGCCAGGAGUGUACCUAUGAUGCCCUGGCCACGAGGAGCAUAAGCUUUGGCCUGAUCACCAAAAAAAUCCGGGACAACUUCUCGAAGAUGAAUACGAGUCUCAACCAAUUCCCUCCGUCUUUGACUGGACAGAUUGAUAUCCAUGCCUUCAUGCAGAAGACUGAGAUUGUAACUUACAGUUCCUACCACUCUGGAGUUCACUUCACCCUGGAAACUGAUCCUGAGUCUGCCGACUUCAAUAUCACCGGCAAUGGGACGCUGGCCUGGACCCCGCGUUCCCUGGACCCAUUCACGUUGACCAUCAGAGCAACGGAUGUCAACGGCUUAUCCUCCACGCUCUCGCCUACCUUUGUGGUCUGCAACUGUUCCAGUGAAAGUCAGUGUGUCUACAACCGGACCACCAAAGUGAACAACUCCUCCCUCUCUGUGGCAGCCUGCAAUUGUGAGCUGGACUUCUUGGGUCGUUUCUGUGAAUUCUCCUUUGACGUCUGUGAGACCUGCUUCCCCAAUGUCACCUGCCUGCCUGGGAAAAAAUGUGGGCUCUGCCCUGGGAAUUUCAUCGGAGAUGGGAUCCACUGUGCAGGCUGUGAGUCUAUGCCCUGCCCCGCAGAUUACUGUGGCAACGGCGGCACUUGCCACAUCUCUCCCAACACCACCUGCAAGCCCACCUGCACCUGCCCCCCACCUUUCAUCGAUGCCCGCUGCCGUGUGGCUGGUAAAUCUUUCUCACCGACAGUUGUGAGAGAGCUUCCCCGGAGAAUCGUCCAGCUCCUGCUCAGCGAAAAAGAAAGAGCCAGCCCGGAGGACGUCAAUGCCUCGGUUGCUUGUGUCUUGAAUUCUCUGGAGGUGAAAACUUUUGACAGGAACAGUUUAGUGAUGAAUUAUGCCAACCACUCCAUCCAUGUGGGGAACGUCCUGAUCCAUCACUGGAACGUGACGUCCGAGUUCCGGUACGUCCCCACCAGUAACAUCUCCUUCCUGAACGAGAGGCUGGUGACAGCCAUUGUGGAAGCCUUCGAGCGCAAAGUGUGCACGACCCGUAGAAGGGCUAGGAGCACCGUGAACUUCGAACCCACUCCCACCAGGGCAGACAUCCAGGAUAUUUCCUUAAGUGACACUGAUGAGCUGAAAAAAUACUUUGAGUGCAGAGACUACCCCGGCUACCUGCUCGUCUUCAGAGAGGACACUGGCUUCAUUUGUGUGUCCCCCUGUGAGGAAGGGUACUGCCAGAAUGGGGGCAAAUGCCAGCACCUAGAGGAUGGGGUGCACUGCAGCUGUGUCCCCUUCACCAUCUACUCUCCGUCGGGCGAGCGCUGCGAACAGCUGGGGAUCAGGCUGGGGGCCUUCUUCGGCAUCCUCUUCGGGGCCCUGAGCGUCCUCGCCCUGCUGGGGGUCAUCACCUUUCUGGUCGUGUAUUGCUGCCGUUACGAGAGGAGCUGGGCCUCUGGCCGCAUGGACGGGGACCCGAUGAACUCCUACGAGAACCGAGCUUUCUGGAUGCUGAAUACCGCCUUGCCAGAGGCUUCCUUGGAGCCCCAACUUCAGAGCUGGAGACCACAUCUGGAGAAGGUCCAACUAGGCUCCACAGAAAAAAUCCAGAGGCCAUAGCUGGAGGAGAGUUAAGCUUCAUGGCCGGGAGCCUGCACGUCAAGCCAGGGAAUCUUCCACCGGCUCCUCCGUUCCCCCUGACCCCAUCGGCUCCUUCAGCCCCUCCACUGUCCUCCCUCACACACAGAACCAGGGAUGCCUAAACCUGGCCAGAUUUGUCAGGAAACCAAGCCCUGGCCCCCUUCACCUUCUUCCUGUUCCCUCUUUCCUCCACCUCCGUGCCCGCUCCCACCUCACUCAUCUAUGUUUACAGCUCUGUUUUCUUCAGGAAUAAACUGACAGAAUCUGGCUCUGGGGUGUGACCGAAGAGAAGAAAAAGAGGUGCGAUGGCUGUCUAUCACGUCGACACACUGGCCUUACAAACGGCGACAUAAUGAGUACGCAGAGCCACGGGCAGACACCGUCUCAGAGGCCUGUAUAGGGAAGCACCCGAUAGACUGCAUUUGAGGCCUAAAUACUGUACUUUGAAUGCUAUUUUGCACAAGAAGCGCUCCAGUUUGCUCCCUAUUAAAAGCUCUAUU